GCGCCUAAAAUAUGCUCUCCACACAGUAAACUGUACACGACUGUCUGAGAUGGCUGAUGUCGGGUCGCUUCAUUUUUCCGUGGGUAUUUUGGGGAUCUCUGGGGGUUCUCUGCUGCUCCUAGUGAACAGCUAUGCCAGCUCUCCUCUGGAAGAUUUCAUCCCCCAUACUGCACUAGGGAUUCUGCUCCUUCUCAUUGCAGCUCUAUUAGCUUAUGCAGGUGUCCAUCGAGCCUUGUCUCACAUCCAUCUGUUCUCCAGCCUACUAUGUCUGACUGUUUCCGGCCUGUGGUGUGGUUCUGGCCUGGUGUACAUCCUGGUGGGACAGAGGGUGCUUGAACCCAGAGAGCUGAGAUCCUCUCUGGUCCCAGGCCUGGCAGCAUUCACCCUCGCCCUCUUCCUCAUUGGCAUCGUAGCACUCUUGGCCAAGAAAGCAGUUCUAUCUGUCAUAGCUCUCUGCAUUAGCCUUGCUUGUGCUCAUCAAAUUGCUGCUUUGUCAGCCACUGGUUUUGGCCAAUCUGCUGUAGCUGCUAACUAUCUCUUUGUUUGUUUUGUAGGGGGUUACUUUGGUUUUGGGCGACUGUUGUCCCUUAUCACCCACGGUAAAGUUGAGCUUCCAGGAACUGGCUUGAAGAGAAAAACUGAGCAGAAAACAGUCCAUAACCAGGACUGCAAUAAUGUGGUGUUGGUGGGCUUAGUAAUGAACUUGCUGUCUGCCUGUGUUUUAGCCUGCCCCCUUUUACAUGUGGUCCCUCAACUCUUCACAGGUCAUGUACCCUGGCUGUGGACAGCUGGGGUCUUUCAGCUUGGUGUGUGUGUCCUAUCUUACCGCAACAUGGACCCACUAGCAGCCACCUUCUAUGGCUUCAUGGCUCUGCUGAGGUUUGCUGAGGGAUACAGUGCUCUCCUUACUUUCUAUCCCAUUCAGCCCUAUUCACCUGUUCCUUUCCCUGUUGUGUUCUCUAUACUAUUCUUCAUCCUGGCGUUGUUUAGCUGUCAGAAGAGCCUGUUGGAGGGUUUUUACCAGCUAUUUUUUGUGGCCUAUUGCAUCUCCAUCGCUGCCCAGCCCAAAGGUUUUUUCCAAGCAGGAACCCAGGGUGUACAGGCAGCAAUAUUUGUGGUCUCUGCCGGCAUGCUUUUUGUCACUGCCUUCAAUAAGAUCUCCACCACCAAGAUUCCCACAGGGCAGGGCUUAUUCACAGUUUUGGCGACCAGGAUGAAUGGCCUCACUCUCAGACCACACGAUAAAGACCUUAACGCACCUUAUCUGGGCUACUCCAAAUACGCUGAUUCAGAAGCAUUAGGCCAUGCCUGCAGUGUGCUAGCUACUUUUGCCAUCACAGCCACUGUUGGUGAGAGACAUCCUCUCUUUGUCCUUGUCCUGCCUUGGGUGGUAGUGGCUGGUGGGGUGCUCCAGCUGAUUUGUGGGUCAGUGGCUUUCUCACGUGGUAAAACUUUUGAAAGCACAGCUUUUAUGCUUUACGGGAUGAUGUGGACAAUAUGGGGGUUGACACGAUAUGGAGGCCUGUAUGGUGAAAACAGAGGUUUUAAUGUCGCUGUUGGGAUUAUCAGUUUCAUGUUAUUUAAUGGUUUAGUAACAGCUGCAGCGCUGUUGGUUAAUGUAGCCUGGUUUGCCUAUGCCUUCUGCUUCCAACUCAUACUUAUUAGCUUCCUUCUUGACGCAGUCGGGGCCCUGCCCUUUGGUUAUGACAUUGGUGUCACCAUCAUCUUUGGCUUUGUUAGUUUCUACUGUUUCAUGGCUCACAUCUUCAACAGCACUUUCCAGUCCCCUCAAAUCCCCUUAGGGAAACCCUUAAUUAAGCUGAGUGGGGUAGGAGGAGGCACAGAUGUCUGUCCACAUGUACAAGCCCGCAAAGCCACCUCUGUCCUGGAGAUCGCAGAUAUUAUGAAAAAUGGCGGCAUAUGUGGAAUGCCUACAGACACCGUCUAUGUGUUGGUGGCAGCUUGUAAUAGACCUGAUGCUGUUGUGAAAGCUUUCAAGGUGAAGAAGCAGGCCCAAGACCGGCCCAUGUCUCUGUGGAUCUCUUCCAUAAAGCAGCUAGAGCUGGUCAGACACCUGCUGAGCCCAUUACUCUUGGACUUUAUGGAAGCGGCAUGGCCCUCUUCCAUCAGCAUGGUUAUACCCAGAGGCCCAUGGAUGGACACCUUUGGUUUAGGGGAAGCAGCCAUACACAUUGGGACUCCACAAAGCAUUGCUAUCAGAAACCCAGACUGUGCAGUGGCCACACACCUGAUAAAUCUGGUGGGACCCAUUGCGGUUACCUCAGCUAACCCUACAGGGGAGGCAGACACGACCCAUCACAACCAGGUUUAUGCAAAGCUGGGUAACAAGGUGGACGGUGUGCUAUGCGAUGGGCCCUCCCCAGAAAAUAUUGCCUCUACUGUGGUUGACUGCACCAAGAUUGAAACAGGAAAUAUUGGCUUCUUCAGAGUGGGUCUAAUCCCUAAAACUAAGGUUCUCCAAAUCUUCGAGGAGGUGAAAAGGCGACACGAACAGGGGGUGACGAAUCCUGGUUUUGAAAGUGAUGUUUCAGACUCUCAACCGGACACAUAGUCAGGGGAGGACAGACAACGUAGCAGAGGAGGAGGCGGGGGGAGUAACAAAACAACCUCGACACCGUGUUCAUUUUCACCCGACCUCCCCGGUCCUGACCCAACCUGUCACCAGAAAUGUGCCACAGAAACACGCAAAUCAGUACUAAAUACUGCCUGAAAGGAAAACAUGAUGUGGCGUAUGAGAAGAGACAUUGCUGAAUGAAAAAAGUUCUUACAUUGACAGACAGUUAACUGUAAAUAGUCUAUAAAGUUUGUAAUUAUAUUUGAUCACGUAGGGAGAGACGAACAAUAACCUUUUUUUAAAAUGUAUUUAAGAUUCAUUAUAACUCGAUGCAGUAUUUUCAUUUUGCUCUAGUGAUGGAAGGUGUCUGUGUGAGAGAAAAAUAAAUGUGUAAACUUGCACACUCAAAAAGAAAGCGCUCUGUACUAUGAUGUUUCAUGUUGUAUCCCACGUGUUCUGAAAUCACAGUGGCCAGCGUCCUUUGGUCAUAUUUUACAUGAUGCAGUAUUUUAAUUAAAUGUCGACUUCAUUUCUCAUGACAUGCUCAUUACAGUGAUUAAACUUUCCUUGAUUGCAAGUUUGUUUCUUUUUUUAUGUUUGCAUUUUUCCUGUUCUUUUCUUAUACUGGCGUGUUACCCAAAGGAGUAGCAUCAUUGUUUUAGUCAUAUCGUUUAUACAGAAAUAAUGCUCACACAAUCCCCUUAAACAAAAUCCUAAAAGACAAAAUGGUCAGAAAUAAA